UUUGUUAUAUUAGUAACGUUGGCUAAAGACAGAAGCACAAGAGAGAGCGACAGGUGAAGGACAAGAGGAGGGAGGGAGGUUCGUCAAAUGCCCUCUUCUUCUUUUCUGGGCUCUCUCCGGAUUCUUUACCUUGGGGAAAAGCGUUAGGCAGCAGCUGAACUGUUACUUUUUGAACAUUACGACAACAGACUGUCAUUACAUUUACUUCACGUUCAGAACAUUAAGGCAACAAACUGUGACUCAAAAGGCGUCGUGCUGCUGUCGACUGGAAGAACUUCCUGCCCUCCUCUUGUUGUCGUCAAAGCCAGGCCUCCCUCCUCUGAAGAAACUUCCACUCGCGAAACUAAACUAUAAAGUUUACCAUAGAGGAGAUAUUAGUGGUGGAGAUUGCUGGAGGUUAGUGUGACAAGGGUCAGGUGUCGCUCCCUAAACCCCUACUCGUCUUCACAGGAAGAGAUGGGGUAACUGGGACCUGCUGAGACCAUGGUGGUCACCCAUCUGGAGCUGGAACUGUGCUACCAAGGGAAGAAGCUGAGAGGCUUCACCUGUAAGCUGACCCGCUCCCCCUAUGGCUACCUGCCCGAGAGUGCCUGGCUCAUCGCAGCCCAGAUCCUACUGCCCUUCCUGGUGGCCGGCCUGGGCAUGGUGGCAGCGGGCAUAGUCAUGGACGUGGUGCAACACUGGGAGGUGUUUAAGGAGAUCACAGAGGUGUUUAUCUUGGUGCCAGCCCUGGUGGGACUGAAAGGCAACCUAGAGAUGACACUGGCAUCCAGACUGUCUACAGCAGCGAACACUGGGCAGAUGGAUGACCCGAAGCAGCAGUGGAGGAUGGUGUGUAGCAACUUGGCUCUUAUUCAGGUCCAGGCAACAGUGGUGGGUUUCCUGGCUGCGGUAGCCGCAGUGGGGUUGGGUGCGUUGACCAGGGGUCGUGUAGACUUUCUACAGGCUGCUGUCCUAUGUGGCAGUAGUGUCACGACAGCCUUUGUAGCUGCCCUGUCCUUGGGACUAGUGAUGGUGGGAGUGAUCAUCGGCUCCAGGAAGGUUGGCAUCAACCCUGACAAUGUGGCAACACCCAUCGCCGCCAGCCUGGGUGACCUCAUCACCCUCUCUCUGCUGGCCGGGGUCAGCAGCUUCCUCUUCAGGUUCAAAGAGAUGUGGUACCUGCCUGUGCUGGUGUGUGGAUUCUUCCUGGUUCUCAUCCCGCUGUGGGUGGUCAUUGCCCGGCGCUCUCCGCCAAUUAGAGAGGUCCUGAGGUCUGGGUGGCAGCCCGUCAUCGUAGCCAUGUCCAUCAGCAGUAUCGGAGGCCUUAUUCUGGACAAGACCGUGAGCGACCCGAACUUUGAGGGCAUGGCAGUGUUCACCCCAGUAAUCAACGGUGUGGGAGGUAACUUGGUGGCCAUCCAGGCCAGCCGCAUCUCCACCUACCUCCACUACUGGAGCAUGCCUGGGACCCUGCCCUCCAAGAUGGCACAACACUGGCCUGGCCCCUGCCUGACCUUCUGCUCCUCAGGGGUCAACUCCAAGUCAGCCAGAGUUCUGGUCUUCCUGGUGGUUCCGGGUCACCUGCUCUUCCUCUACACCAUCCACUUACUGAAGGGCGGCCACGGCGCCCUCACGUCUGCCUUCGUCUGCCUAUACCUGUGUGCAGCCCUGCUACAGGUGGUGAUUCUGCUAUACACGGCUGACCUGAUGAUGCGCUGGAUGUGGCGGCGGGGGCUGGACCCGGACAACUACUCUAUCCCGUACCUCACGGCUCUGGGGGACCUGUUGGGCACCGGCUUCCUGGCCCUGACAUUCAGAGCCGUUCUAUUGGGCAUUUCCUCUGGGAUGAAGGGGGUUUGAGAGAAGGGGCUAAUCCAUCAGCCUAUUUCUGUCCAACAUGGUCUUAUUGAAUAUAUUCAAAUAGAGACAUUUAGCUAUUGUAGUUAUAUGUCAGUUAUGCUGACGUAUUAUAUGUUGUUCUGUUCAUCCAUAAGGAACUCUGUUCAGGUCAUAUUUAAUUGAUAAUGCCAGAGAAGACAAUGUUCAGAGGCUAUAUUGGCAGGGUUGUUGUUAGGCCCGAGACGAAAUGCCAAUAUAUCCUCCAUACACUGGCUUCGAGAACAUUAUCACUUUUAUACAACAGGUUACCAACAUAUUCAUAUAAUGAUUGACAUAUAUGAAUUAAAAACGUCAUUUUCAUGAAUUUAUUCAUACCAUUUCAUCCUUCUACAAGAUAUAAUCCCGACAUAAAUCUAGGGUUACUAUCCAAGCCGUUCUAUCGGUUCGAUUGCCAGAGACGCGACCCAGUCGUUCGUUCUAAAUGUUCCACUGCCAUACUGACUGGCAACAUUCUUAUUCCUUGCUUGCUAGCUAGCCAAUUAGUGCUAACUUACAGUCAAGUCAAAAAGUGCAGCCAGAACAACAGCAAAGUAGUUGCAUUUGCAUUUGUUUAAGCUGUUUUCAAAAGACAUUUAUUUGGAUACAUCCAUAACAAUGAGCUAAUGAGGUACGAUUUCGCCAGGCAUAGAAAUGUGCUCAGGCCACUGUUGUUCAGAGGAGCUAGCCAACAACACAGCUAACACAAUCACUUCAAACUGAAGCUGGAAAGCCUGAAAACUAGCUGCACUUGGUUUCGUUUGACCUUGUUUCAAUUUACAUUUAUUUGUAUAUAACCAUAAAAAUGAUGCCAGCUGAUUCAUUAUUUCGACUGGCUAAGACACGCUUCCCGUCUUGUCCCAUUCAUUACUAAAUCAAAUCAAAUUUUAUUGGUCAGAUACACAUGGUUAGUAGAUGUUAAUGCGAGUAUAGAAAAAUGCUUGUGCUUCUAGUUCCGACAA